UGACGAUGAAGCCGUUAUUGCAUUAUUAUAGAAGGUGUCGGUGACGUCGAGAAGAGUCAUCCCGCAGCACGCCCAACUUGAUGCAAAUUUGGAAAGCACCGACGGUCAGACUUCAGACGAGGGGCCCUGCAUACUCGUCGAAAGCAUGCGGCGCCAAGUUGACCAUAUCAAAGCUUUGCGGAAACAAAUGGAAUCAACAUACGAAGUCCUUGAAGCUGGCGUGCGAUCCAAGUCGUCGAAGCUGACGGACUUCAUAUCGCAAGUCGGAAUGAACCAAGUCGAACGCGGUCAAGCCCUUGGCGAUUUGGAGUACCAACUAAAGUGUUUGGCCCACGACCUCCAUAUGACGGAGCAGACAAAGAUGCCUCAACUGCAUGCACAAUUGCACAAGCAAGUCUCUGACAUGGAUGGGUCGAUUGCGUCGGCAAAAUUAACGGCGCUCACGCAACUUCAAGCGGCAAAGCACGAAAUGGACGAGAAGAUCCAAUCCGACGUGUGGGCAUCACGGACCUCCAUGGUCACAGCGGUUGCGAUAGCCUGCCCGUGGAUCCUCUUUUGUGGAAUCUCCAUGUCGUCGCUGGGGUAUUUUAGCACCUAACAGUUAAU